AAAUACUCGAACUAAAUGGUUACCAAAUCAACGUCAACAGAAUAUAAAUGAAUGGAAAAGAAAAAAACUCGUGCAGUAGGAGAAAUGUUUUGUUCGAUUUCAUCACGUGACACCUAUCCAAACGUGUCUCCCAAAGUUAUUUAAUACUGAUAAUACUAUACCCAAAGCCAAAACCAAAACCAUUUGUUUUCUUCAUAAUUCCUCUGUUUUUUUCUUCCUCAAAUACACAAAAGCUUCUCAAAUAAUUUCAUAGCAAUUCAACCAUGGUGAUCAACAUCUUCCACAUCUACGACCUGGUUCUUCGUUGGGUAAUGAAAGCAGCCGGAAUCAUACCCGUUCAGCUCCAAAUCGAACCGGGAACCUCCAUGAAUUUCUGGGUUCCGGCCAGAAAACCAAACAAAAACCACCAAAACCAUCCUCCCCUGCUUUUCCUCCAUGGAUUCGCCGCCAAUGCCAUUAUGACCUGGCAAUUCCAAGUCCUGAAGUUCGCCAAAACCCACGCCGUUUAUGUACCGGACUUCAUGUUCUUCGGGGAUUCCGUCACGGAUCGGCCGGACCGGUCGCCGGAGUUUCAGGCGGAGUGCGUGGCGGAGGGGUUGAGAAAAUUGGGUGUGGAGCGGAGGUUUGUGUUGGUGGGGUUUAGUUAUGGGGCGAUGGUGGGGUUUAGAUUGGCGGAGAAGUAUCCGGAGUUGGUGGAGGCGAUGGUGGUUACGGCGGCGCCGACGGUGCUGACGGAGAGGAUUACGGAAGCGGCAUUGGAAAAGAUUGGGUAUAAGAGUUGGUCUGAAUAUUUGAUACCGGAGACUGUGAAGGGUGUCAAAUCCAUGCUUGAAAUUGCUUCUUUUGAAUUUCCACGAUUUCCACGUUGGAUUUUCAAGCACUAUCUGGAGGGUAUGAUCAUUCACAAUAAGGAAAGGGCAGAACUUCUUGAAGCAUUGGUUACUCCAAAUGAUGUCACCAUCUCUCGAUAUCCACAGUUGCAUAUCAUAUGGGGGAGAAAUGACAAUUUGUUUGAUAUCAGAAUUGCUUACAAUAUGAAAGAGAAAUUUGGAGAAAAAGCAACAAUGGAUUGCAUAGAAAAAGCAGGCCAUAUUGUAGCAAUGGAGCGUCCUUUCAUCUACAACAAUUGCCUUCACAAGUUUCUUCAUUCAUUGGAAGAUAACCCCUAGAAAUGAUCUUUAUUUCCCUGAAUUAAUUAUGUUUUAUAAACAACUCCUAGUUUUUUAGUUAAUGAUCAAUUAUGUUUGUAAUAAAUAAUUUAAUCUUAGUUAUGGGU